AUGGAUUAAUAGGCGCAAGAAACAUAAAGUUAAUAUGAGAGCAUAAUCAAUGAAGUAAUAGGAAAGCUAAAGAAAAAUUCAGAUAAAGGACAAUUGUAAAUGAGUGAAUCUGAGAUUCAAACUUUUAAAGAUCUUUGGUAAAGGUGUUUAAAAGCAAUUUAAGAUGGCAGCGAUAAUAGAUUCAAAUAACAUAUCUAACCUCAAAUAAAGCAAAAUAUAGACAACCCUAUCGAAUAUGACCCUCCUAUAGUAAAGAAAAUUAAAACUAAUGUAGAUACUUAAAUCAUAAAAAAAGUUUAUAUUUUAACCAUCCUUUUAUCUUAGGAAGAAGAUGACGAUUAAAACAGAGCUGAUGUUGCCUUCAGUGAGGACUCAGGAGACGAAACUAGUUCAAAAGAACCCAAAGUUGAUGACCAGAAAAAAUAUUUGGAUUAUCAGAACACAAAAAAUGAGAGUCAAAGAGAGAAAACCUUAUUCGAUAAAAUCAGAGAACUAGAACAGUUGAAGAACCUUGUAAAAGUGGAAGAGGAAGAUGAAAAUGAAUCUGAAGAACCCAGAGUAUUUGAUACAUAAGUCUAUGCUUAAAAAAUUAACACUGAAAAUUAAGUUAGUCGUAUAAGACCAAAUAAAUCUUAAAAAAUGAGUUUGGAGAAUGUUCUCAUCAAGGAAAAAAACAAUAAGGAAGCACUCUAUCCUUAAGCUCAACUAUUAUUUAAUUUCAAAACUAGUAAGAAAAAAAACUCUUCAUGA